AUGCAAGUUCGCGACGUCACCGCAGAGAGCUACAAGCCGUUAAAGGAAGCGCAGUGCACUCACGAAACCGACGCAGCAAAAGAUACGCCCAAUGCCGCAACUUCUCCUGAACCGGGCGUAGGUGAGGAAGAACCGACACAGGCAACCGAGAAAAGCUUCUCGAAAGAAAAAAAAGCGGAUCAGAAUGUCCCAAAGGAGGCAGACGGGGGACCAGAGGAACUUGACGUUCAAGAGCUACCUCCUCAAGAACCAGAAAAGACAGGGGAUAUUAAAACAAACGAAGAAACUGCGGCGCCUAAAUUUUCAGACGCUGUUGCAGAGCCAGAGAACAAAGAAAACGAAAUGGAAUCUGCAAUAGAGCCGUCGAAACAGUCACCCGGUGACUCUGAAAUGUCCUGCACUCCAGAAACAGCUACUCAGAAAGAAGCUCCUGCCGCAGUUGAACCGCAGGAAGUCAAGGAAGAAGUAGCCCAGCCAGAGCCUAUAGAUGACACCCCACCAGAAAGGGUAGAAGAUGAAGUGCCUGAAUCUGGUGACAAGGAAUGUGAAGAAGCAACAACAAAGGUUGACGCUGCUCAAAAAGAAACUCGGGAGUCUAGCGGUGCCAUGCCAGCGGGCUCGGACAAGACAGCGGAACAGGCAUCUGAAGACCAAGGUGGUGAAGAAGCAGCCACUGCCACCGAAGCAGAGCCAAAGGCUGCAGUUUCAGCAAGAAAUCUCCGGAGGCUGAAACAGAGUCCGAGGAAAAGACUGAAGAAGUCACCGACGAGGCAGCACCUUCCGAACCUGAACCGACGCCACCUGCGGAAGCAGUGA